UCGGCCCGCCAAGAUGGCGGCGUCCUACGUGGCUGUGCUGGCGGUGGCCGCAUCACUGCUGCUACUGCUGCUGGUCUCGUGGAAGCGCUGGCGUCAGGGGCGCGCGAAGUGGCACGUGAUCAUCGUGGUGCUGGGGGACGUAGGCCGCAGCCCCCGCAUGCAGUACCACGCGCUGUCGUUUGUCAAGAGCGGCUUCUCCGUGACCCUUCUGGGCUUCUGCAACUCCAGACCCUAUGAUGAGCUCUUGCAGAACAACAGAAUUCAGAUUGUGAGUUUGACAGAACUUCAGAAACUUCCAGUUGGGCCCUACAUUUUCCAGUAUGGAGUCAAAGUUGUAUUUCAGUCCGUGCACUUGCUGUGGAAGUUGAUAUGCAGGGAGCCAGCAGCCUACAUCUUUCUCCAGAACCCCCCGGGCUUGCCUGCCAUUGCUGUCUGCUGGUUUGUGGGCUGCCUCUGUGGGAGCAAGCUCGUCAUCGACUGGCACAACUAUGGCUACUCCAUUAUGGGUCUAGUGCAUGGCCCCAGCCACGGCCUUGUCGUGCUGGCCAAGUGGUACGAGAAGCUCUGCGGGCGGCUGUCCCACCUGAACUUGUGUGUGACCAACUCGAUGCGGGAAGAUCUGGCAGAGAACUGGGGCAUCAAAGCUGUGACCGUCUAUGACAAGCCAGCAUCUUUCUUUAAAGAGACACCCUUGGACCUGCAACACCAGCUGUUUAUGAAGCUGGGCCGCACCUACUCUGCAUUUAAGGCCCGCUCAGAACUCCUGGACCCAGCAACAGAGAGGUCGGCCUUCACAGAGCGGGAUGCUCAGAGUGGGCUGGUGACGCAUCUUCGUGGACGGCCGGCCCUGUUGGUCAGCAGCACCAGCUGGACAGAGGAUGAGGACUUCUCCAUCUUGCUGGCAGCAUUAGAAAAGUUUGAACAGCUGAUCCUAGAUGGAGAGAGUCUUCCUUCUCUGGUCUGUGUGAUAACAGGCAAAGGGCCUCUGAAGGAGUAUUACAGUGGCCUCAUCAGCCAGAAGUGUUUCCAGCACAUCCAGGUCUGUACUCCGUGGCUGGAGGCUGAGGACUACCCCCUGCUUCUAGGGUCAGCAGACCUGGGUGUGUGCCUGCACAAGUCCUCCAGCGGCCUGGACCUGCCCAUGAAGGUGGUGGACAUGUUCGGGUGCUGUCUGCCCGUGUGUGCCGUGAGCUUCCGGUGCUUACACGAGCUUGUGAAGCAUGAGGAAAACGGCCUGGUCUUCAAGGACUCCGAGGAGCUGGCAGCUCAGCUGCAGAAGCUUUUCUCAAAGUUUCCUGAUCCUGCUGGCAAACUAAGCCAGUUCCGGAAGAACCUCCGGGAGUCAGAGCAGCUUCGUUGGGAUGAGAGCUGGAAGCAGACGGUGCUGCCUUUGGUUAUGGACACGUGACUGAGCCAAAGACUGAGCGCUCCUGAGGGAGGCGCAGUUCCUCUCAACCCUGUGCAAACGCUUUAGGACAGCGCCUCCCCGUGGACAGCAGCCGGAAGGACGGCUGUGGAAUAAAAUUUUUUAACGACCUGGAGUUUGGCUCCGGGAAACUGGU